UGAGCUUCAGCCAAGCGUUGCCCCUUCACAGCUGCUCCCAGGCAGCUCCGGGUUGCCUUGUCCCACGCACAGCGUUUUAUUAACCAUCCCAGUUAAUUUUAUUAAGUCCUCGCCCCAGCCACAGAGCAAAAUGCUGGGACAGCGAGGGUCGGUGGAGCAGAAAGGAACGGGCUUUGUCCCCCUGCCCAGCCCAGGGGCGGUGCAGACGGGGCUUCAGCCCUCGCUGCUCACCCAGUGUUUGCUGGCGUGGGGAAGCCGUCCCACGGCGGGGAAGGCUGUCCCUCGGUGGUUUGUGGGCUCUUGGUGCCAUGUGGGGCCUGCUGCUCUGCGGGGGCUCGCUGCUGGCCACGGGCUGCCUGGCGGGUGCCGCGGGCGGCUGCUGGCACCAGUGCUGCCCGGGCAGGAACAACACGUGCUGGGCCCCGGGCGCCCGCCGGGCUCGCUGCUACUGCGACUCCUACUGCGAGAGGACGGGCGACUGCUGCGAGGACUACCACGCCGCAUGCCGCCACGCCGCGGUGGGCUGCGCGGUGGGGCCCUGGGGGCCGUGGAGCGGGUGCAGCUCCCCGUGCGGGGUCGGCAGCAAGGCCCGCAGCCGCCAGGUCACCGUCCCGCCCCGGCACGGAGGGGAGCCCUGUCCUGACCUCAAGCAGCGCCGCGGGUGCCUAGGGGAGCACCCGGCUUGCGGGAUGGCCAAAGAGGUGGCCAAGAUAUUACCUGACUCCUUCAGCCGGGACUUCAGGGAUCCCUGGCAAAGAGCUGGGCUGCUGCUGCCGGAGGAGCCCCCAUUUUUCCCCCUCCCCAGCUACUGCGGCUAUUUCCGCCUGACGCAGGUAGGGCCCCCCUGCCGCGGGCAGCCCUGGAGCCGCCGGCUGCACCGGGACAAGCGGGUGUGCGUCGAGUGCCGGGGGGACGCAUCCCACCGCCGUCCCCACUGCGCUGGGCAUGGGCUGCAAGGAGCCAGGACGUUUUGGGUGGCUGCCUCUGUGGCAGGAUGCCAGGGCUCAUGGGUGCAGGAGGGGCUGCAGGAGGGCUGUGUCUGCCCCCCACCGGCCCUCAUCUUUGUGUAGCAUCCCACCGGGAAGGUGAGCUGAGCCUCCCUGUGCCGAUGCUCCUGGCUGGGGAGGCGGGGAAUUAAAUAAAAACGUGGUGUCGUUUAUAAUUUCACCCUUCCGCAGGCUCGCUGCUUGCCCUUGGAGCUGACUCCCUGCGUUUUCCAUUAAGUAUUUUGUUGAAGAAUGGGAAGAAAACCCUGCUUAUAAAGAUUAAAAAUAAGGGAAUUGCUAAAGUAUGGUGAUUCAUGGUGGAAGAACAUCAUGCUGAGGUUAAAUCUGGGUGAGAAGAUGAUGUGGCAGUGACGUGGGAGGACAGUGUGAUGAUGUCAUGCUCAGCCAUGACAUCAUGCCUUGCAAGAAGCUGCCAUUGGCGAGCAACAUGAGGAUGACGAUAGCAUCCUCCCUCUGCGUUCGGGCCAGCCCGACUGCAGAAAGCCGUUGGGCGAGGCGUGAAGGGCGGCUCAGCUGCGCGCUGUGGCUUGCAGUGAGAAAUUAAACGCAGACACACAAAUUCUGCGUGUGGUCGAUGGUGGCAGUGGGUGCCCAGGUCCAGCCGUGGGGCUCAGCAGCCCCCACUGGAGGGAGCAGGGCUGGGCUGGGCUGGGCUGGGCUGGGCUGGCCCACACCACAAGCACCCAUCCAAACCUCAGCAUCGGCAGGAUGAGGCUCCUGCAGCGAAUGAUGCGCCCUGCGGGGCUGGCUCUCACCAGGCUAGCCAAAGGUGUGUAGAAAGGCAGCAGGGAGCCCAAAGUGGGCACAGCCCCAGAUCUGGGAAAGAAAGCGGGAAGGAAAGGGCAGCUCAUGGCACUGCCAUCCCUCCUCCUGUGGGACCCUGGCUGCAGGUGGGCAGCCAGUUCCCAUCCCCAGGUGGGGAGCGGGCUGUCCCUGUCCCCGCAGUGGGGACCGUGGCCCUGGGCUGCCCCAGUGCCUGCGGAGGACCAUCAGGAGCCCAGCUCCCUGCAGAGUUUGAUGAUUUCCAGGAGGACCUCCUCCUUCUCCAGCAGGAUCUUUUCCUUCUGCAGCUCCAGGAUCUUUGUCUGCAGCUGGCUCUGCUUCUCCCACCACUCCCUGGCUGUGCUGACACAGCCCCACGGGCUGGGACCCCUUCAGCACUGAAGGGCUGCCUGAGCAGAGCAGAGCAGUCUGUUAGAGCCAGCAAGGGGAUGCAGAGCUGCAGGGAACCACCUGCUCCUGCAUUUUCUCUCCCCUCAGUGCCCCUGCCAUCCCUGCAUGGCCCUCCCAGCCCUGCCACUUCAGGCUGCCGGGAUGGACUGGCAAUGCUGAAAUCAGACCCUAGGACUGCUCCCUGCCAGCUGUACCCCAGCCUCCCAAAAGCUUAACCCUGCAGGAUUCAGCUUUCCCCUCCGAGCCUCCUCCAUGUGCUGGCGGUGGCCAGCGGGAUCAGGGCAGGGCACAGCUGCUCCGAUGAGGGAGCUGAGACCAGCAGGGUGAGCGAGGGGACUUUUCUCUUG